AUGGUGCUAAGAUCUAUCAUUGUUAUUGCGCUAGCGACUUGUUUAUUCGUACUGAAUUGUGAUGCCUGUGAUACCGAAAAAUGUUCUACUAUAGAAGUUACGACGUCAUCAGAUAAGCAUUCUAGUGCGGUGGUAACCUCCAAAAUCAAAGCUAAAAUACCAAAAAAGAAAAAAGGAAUGAGAUGCCCAAAAAAUGAAGAAUUUUCAAUCUGCACACAGUCCAUCUCCCGAGCACAGUUUUGUUCUCAAAGAGGUCAAUCUCUAUGCAGUCACGACAAUAACAAAUGUACAAAAGGCUGCGUUUGUAAAAAAAAAUAUCUAAGAAGCAACAAUGGCACCUGUAUUCCCGAAAGACAAUGUGACACAGACUGUGGGCAAAAUGAAGUUUUGGAAGAAUGUCCUGCAGAUUGUGCUGACGAUUAUUGUCCAACCAAAGAUGAAGAAGUGGGCGCUUGCUUAAAACCUGAUCAAGAUCAGUGCCCACCACCCGUUUGCAAAUGCAAAUUCAACUACCGAAGAACAAAAAAAGGGACUUGCAUUUCCACAAGAGAUUGCCCCCCCUUCGACUGUAGCGCUCGUCCGAAUGAAGAAUUUCACGCCUGUCCCCCAUUAUGUCCGACUGACGACUGUUCUCAAGCAACUCCUUCUGGGAACUGUCCACAGUUCGGGAAUAUCCUUAUAACACUCCCAUGUAGCCCCAAGUGUAGAUGUAUCAAGGGUUACUGGAGAAAGAACGGUAUUUGCGUUCCUUACGAAGAGUGUCCUAAUAUCUGCCCAUUAAACGAGGAGUACAACUCCUGCACACAAGCAACAUGCCGUCACCAAAACUGCAGCACUAGAAACGAUCCACUAAGUUGUCCGAGAAUCGAUCCUGCUUUCUGCAAAGGAGGCUGCGUCUGUAAAGAAAAUUACUACAGAAAUAAAAAUGGCACAUGUGUUCCAGAAGAGCAGUGCAAUGAUAACCCGAAACCAACUUGUGAGGAUAACGAAAUCCUAGAUGAUUGUCCUGCACACUGUAAAUCAGAGCAUUGUCCCAAGUGUGGAGAAGACAACAAGAGGUGUGAACAACCAAAUCCUUGCCCGCCACCCGCCUGUAAAUGCAGAUUUAACCAUAGGCGUGCUGAAAACGGCUCUUGUAUACCUACCGUAGAUUGCCCUCCUUUCGACUGCAGUACUAAACCCAAUGAACAGUAUACUCCUUGUCCACCUAUGUGUCCCUCUGACAGCUGUGGCUGGCCAAGAAUCACGGGCAAAUAUCCAUUCAGAAUUGGAAUCUUACUAAUUUGCAAUCCGAAGUGUCAAUGCAAAGAUGGUUUUGGUAGAUUAAAGAACGGCACGUGUGUGCCUUUUGAUGAAUGCCCUGACAUCUGCCCAUUAAAUGAGCAGUACAACUCCUGCACACAAGCAACAUGCCGUCACCAAAACUGCAGCACUAGAAACGAUGCACUAAGUUGUCCGAGAAUCGAUCCUGCUUUCUGCAAAGGAGGCUGUGUCUGUAAAGAAAAUUACUACAGAAACAAAAAUGGCACAUGUGUUCCAGAAGAGCAGUGCAAUGAUGACCCGAAACCAACUUGUGAGGAUAACGAAAUCCUAGAUGAUUGUCCUUCACACUGUGAAUCAGAGCAUUGUCCCAAGUGUGAAGAAGACAACAAGAGUGUCAAUGCAAAGAUGGUUUAUGGUAGAUUAAAGAACGGCACGUGUGUGCCUUUUGAUGAAUGCCCUAAUAUCUGCCCAUUAAACGAGGAGUACAACUCCUGCACACAAGCAACAUGCCGUCACCAAAACUGCAGCACUAGAAACGAUCCACUAAGUUGUCCGAGAAUCGAUCCUGCUUUCUGCAAAAGAGGCUGCGUCUGUAAAGAAAAUUACUACAGAAACAAAAAUGGCACAUGUGUUCCAGAAGAGCAGUGCAAUGAUGACCCAAAACCAACUUGUGAGGAUAACGAAAUCCUAGAUGAUUGUCCUUCACACUGUGAAUCAGAGCAUUGUCCCAAGUGUGAAGAAGACAACAAGAGGUGUGAACAACCAAAUCCUUGCCCGCCACCCGCCUGUAAAUGCAGAUUUAACCAUAGGCGUGCUGAAAACGGCUCUUGUAUACCUACCGUAGAUUGCCCUCCUUUCGACUGCAGUACUAAACCCAAUGAACAGUAUACUCCUUGUCCACCCAUAUGUCCCUCUGACAGCUGUGGCUUGCCAAGACUCAGGGGCAAAUGUCCUUUCAGAAUUGGGAUCGUUCUAGAAUGUAAACCGAAGUGUCAAUGCAAAGAUGGUUAUGGAAGAUUAGAAAACGGCACAUGUGUGCCUUAUGAUGAAUGUCCUAAUCUCUGCCCUACAAAUGAAGAAUACAACUCGUGCAAGAAAGAUUGUGUUUGCAAAGAGAACCAUUACAGGAACGACAAAGGAGUAUGUGUAGAAGACGAGAAAGGUCCAGUUCCUCUCUGCCCUAAUCCAAAUGAAGAAUACAAAAAAUCUUUCAUUUCAAAUUGUCCACUUCUUGGUACUUGUACUUCAAUCGUAGCAAAAUUCAAAUGUGAUAAACCUGAGGUGGCUUCGUGUAUCUGCAAGACGAAUAGUAACAAUCACGACGGCAAGAUGGGUGGUUCUCUAGCUAUACUUUUCUGUCUUUUAGUUUCAAACCUCAUAAUCAGUGACGUAAAAGCCAUAACAUGUCCACUAAACGAAGUAGUGAACGACUGCGCAAACGCAUUAUGCAAGAUUGAAAAGUGUAGUGAAAGAGGACAACCGCCAUUGUGUGCUUUGGUAAAGCAUUGUAAACCCGGAUGCAACUGUAAAGAUGGAUACUUAAGAAUCGAAAGUGGACUCUGUAUACCAGAAUACCAAUGUCCACCCAUACGAGACCCUCAACCGGCGUAA